GGCACUGCGGCGCAUGCGUGGUGCCGCUCUAGGUGGCAUCCUUUCCACCCCCUCCCCCUUCCCCAAACUACCGGGUCGUUUCUUAUCGCUUCGGGAGCAGCGAUGGAUUUGGCGUACGUGUGCGAAUGGGAGAAGCGGCCGAAGAGCGACCACUGCCCGUCCAUCCCUUUGGUGUGCGCCUGGUCCUGCCGCAACCUUAUCGCCUUUACCACCGACCUGCGGAACGAGGAGGAGCGCGAUCUCACCCACAUGGUUCACAUCAUCGACACGGAGCAUCCCUGGGACGUCCAUUCCGUCAACUCUGGCCACGUGGAAGCCAUCACCUGCUUGGAAUGGGAUCAGUCGGGCUCCAGGCUGCUCUCAGCGGAUGCAGACGGCCACAUCAAGUGCUGGAGCAUGACCGACCACCUGGCCAACAGCUGGGAGAACACCGUGGGCAGCAUGGUGGAGGGAGAUCCCGUGGUGGCCCUAUCCUGGCUGCACAAUGGUGUAAAGCUGGCACUGCAUGUGGAGAAGUCGGGAGCAUCCAACUUCGGGGAGAAGUUUUCCAGGGUCAAAUUCUCUCCGUCGCUGACGUUGUUUGGUGGGAAGCCUAUGGAAGGCUGGAUUGCUGUGACCAUCAGUGGGCUGGUGACUGUCUCCCUCCUCAAGCCCAACGGGCAGGUGCUGACAUCCACAGAAAGCCUUUGCCGCCUCCGUUGCCGCGUUGCCUUGGCGGAUGUCGCCUUCACUGGUGGGGGGAACAUCGUGGUGGCCACUUCAGAUGGCAGCAGUGCCUCCCCCGUCCAGUUCUACAAAGUCUGCGUGAGCGUGGUGAAUGAGAAAUGCAAGAUAGACACUGAAAUCCUGCCUUCCCUCUUCAUGCGCUGCACCACCGACCCUGCCCGCAAGGACAAGUACCCAGCAAUCACUCACCUGAAAUUCCUUGCUCGGGAUAUGUCAGAACAGGUGUUGCUUUGUGCUUCCAACCAGAACAACAGCAUUGUGGAGUGCUGGUCUCUGCGGAAAGAGGGCUUGCCUGUCAACAACAUCUUCCAGCAGAUCUCUCCUGUGGUUGGAGACAAACAACCCAUGAUCCUGAAAUGGCGAAUUCUUUCUGCCACCAAUGAUCUGGAUCGUGUCUCAGCUGUGGCUCUGCCCAAGUUGCCCAUCUCCCUCACAAACACUGAUCUGAAGGUGGCAAACGACACCAAAUUCUUCCCUGGACUGGGUCUGGCCUUGGCUUUUCACGAUGGCAGCGUCCACAUCGUUCAUCGCCUGUCCCUGCAAAUGAUGGCUGUCUUCCAUGGCUCUUCUUCCCAGCGCCCAGUGGAUGAGCAGACGAUCAAAAGGCAGAGAACUGCUGGCCCCCUGGUUCACUUCAAAGCCAUGCAGCUCUCCUGGACAUCUCUGGCCUUGGCUGGCAUUGAUAGCCAUGGGAAGCUGAGCAUGCUUCGUAUCUCCCCCUCCAUGGGCCACGUGCUGGACAUGAACACCUCCCUCCGCCACUUGCUGUUCCUGUUGGAGUACUGCAUGGUGACUGGCUACGACUGGUGGGACAUCCUGCUCCACGUCCAGCCCAACAUGGUCCAAAACCUGGUGGAGAAGCUGCAUGAAGAAUACACACGGCAGAGUGCAGCCCUGCAGCAGGUUCUUGCCACACGCAUAGUUGCCAUGAAAGCAUCUCUUUGCAAGCUCUCCUCCAGCACGAUUGCCCGUGUUUGUGACUACCAUGCCAAGCUGUUCCUGAUUGCCAUCAGCUGCACCCUGAAGUCGCUGCUGCGCCCACACUUCCUCAACACCCCAGAUAAGAGUCCUGGGGACCGGCUCACAGAGAUCUGCUCCAAGAUCACAGAUAUAGACAUUGACAAGGUGAUGAUCAACUUAAAGACGGAGGAGUUUGUCCUGGAGAUGAACACACUGCAAUCUCUGCAGCAACUCAUCCAGUGGGUGGGGGAUUUUGUGCUCUAUCUACUGGCCAGCCUGCCUAACCAGGGCUCUCCUGUGAGGCCAGGCCACAGCUUCCUGCGAGAUGGGCCAUCCCUGGGCAUGUUCAGGGAGCUGAUGGUGGUGAUUCGUAUAUGGGGGCUGCUGAAACCAAGCUGCCUCCCCGUCUACACAGCAACCUCUGACACUCAGGACAGCAUGUCCCUCCUCUUCAGGCUUCUAACUAAACUCUGGCUGUGCUGUCGUGAGGAAAAUCACAUCACAGAGCCAGAUGAUACCCUGAUAGAUGAGUGUUGCCUCCUGCCCAGCCAGUUGCUCAUUCCCAAUAUUGAUUGGUUGCCUAUCAACGAUGGCAUUAUCAGCAAGCUGCAAAACAAACAGCUUGUCAGGCUGCAGUUUGGAAAAGCUCCUGGGCUCAUCGGUCACACUGUCUCUUCCCAGUUUGAUGCCUUUGUAAGGGCUCCUGGUCAGCCCAAAAUCGAUCAUCUGAGAAGGCUUCAUUUAGGAGCAUUCCCAACAGAGGAAUGCAAGUCGUGCACCAGGUGUGGCUGCGUCACGAUGCUGAAAUCUCCAAACAAAGUCACUGCUGUGAAGCAGUGGGAGCAACGCUGGGUCAAAAACUGCCUGUGUGGGGGGCUGUGGAGGAGGAUGCCCCUCAGCUAUUCCUGAGAGCAGCUCCCUGGGGCACAGAGAGAGCAAUGGGUGCCGGGUGGAAGAGCUGGAGGCGCUUUGGGAGCGAGGAGCUGCAGCCCUUGUGAGGCAGCACCCAGCGGUUGGCUGGGAGCACUGAUAUGUUCUUCUUCCAGCUGCAACACUUGAAGCCCUAAAAAGAAAAGAGGGGAGGAAGGAAAGGGACUUUUGUGGGGCUCCUUUUUAGGCUUUACUCUGUAAAGUUUUCCCAUUGCCACCAAAAGCAAUGACAGCUGGAAGCCAAGGGCCAGGGAGGGGGGGGAAAACCUGCUGCCCUCGUUGUGUCUGUGGGCUGACCAAGCAGGACUGAGCCCUGCAGGCAGGCGUGAGUGGUGAUGAGGGGCUCUGGGGGUCCACAGAGAAUCUCCAAGGAGAGAGGAGCAAAUAUUUGGUUCCUUGUGUUCCUCCUUUGCUGUGAGCUGCUUGGGAAGCGUGGCAAGGGUUGGUCAGUUCCUGUUUCCUUCUGCAUCUCGGUGCUUUGAGUGAACUUCAUCACUGUGUUUAUCUGUGUUCUGAUGGAUGCAGGAGCAGGAACAUGAGGUUUGCUGCCUGGAGCAAACCCAGCCAAGUAACUGAGCUCUUUUGUAAAUAAAAGUUCCCUUGAUUUCGGA